UCUGGGUACAUGAUACUAUACAGCAUCCAUAUCAAACUUGCGCGGGCCGCACUAACAUUGAGGGGGCCUCAAACUAUUGUCCUGCGGCCCACAUUUGGCCCGCGGGUUUGAGACCCCUGAUGUAGAGUCUCCAAUUAAGAGAAAACGCAUGCAAACUCAACACAGAGGUGUCCAAACGGAGAUACGAACCCAGAUCUUCCAGACAUCGUGACUGUGUAGCCAACAUGCUAACCCAGGGGUGGGCAAAAGUUUGCUGGUUAUGUUGUGGACCGUGAGGCUACAUCGGCUCUAUCGAAACAAAACAAUGUUCAUAUUACAUAGAUGCCUUCCCGUUGAGCAACAAUUUCUUCAUUUAUAUUCCCUGCUUCUCUUCCACCUUCAGUCUUGGUCAUUUUUUUUGUUUUGGUUGUUUUGCUGUUGGCUCUGCUUUCCCAGCCACCGCUGGGCCAUGCUGGUGGUUGACGUGAGGGGUCAAUGCGUCGAUCACGAGUCACGGGAAAAACAUGUCAACUCUGCUUUUUCUCCCGUAUAAGUCGUCUUCUUAUCAUUGGAAGAAUUUCUCCCAAUAUACAAAGAUCAUUGGCCGCUCCCAUCACGCGAACAAGUUAGCACGCUGUGUUGUUUUGAUCACAGGGACGCUAUCCAGCCAGAGUCUAGAAUUGACUGCUUGUAUAUCGAUAUCUGAUAUCAAUAUUGGAUUGGGACACCACUUCUAACAACAUGGAAGCACAGACAUUGCAUAUUUGGUAUCGGAAAUGUCCGAUACAUGAAUUCCCAAUACUGAUUGGAUCCACCCCCAGUUAAAAACUAUAAUGCUAGAAACAAAAGACAUUGUAUUCCCAAUAGGGCUUAAAAGCAAUUUUAAACACAAUAGUUGUUAAAUAGUAUAUAGGAUCUUUUUUAAAAUUUUUUAGGAGUGGGCCCUCCCCCCUUUUUUUUUUUUUUUAAUCAGGCGCUGCGCAAGCUUGUGCGCACGCUCGAAUUGACUAACACAUAGAGCAGCUGCUCCAUGGCCAUGGGCACACAGGCUGCUCCAUCAACUGCUCCAUGGGCAGUGAGAACAGGAUGGCAUGGAAGCAAAAAGAACUCGAUGCCACCGCCACACAACUUGCCAACAGACAGGAUGAGAGCGAACAGUCCAGAAAGAAGCUCAUCGACCUGAGUCGCGAGUUCAAGAAGAACACACCGGAGGACUUCCGGAAACAAGUUGCUCCUUUGCUGAAGAGCUUCCAAGGAGAGAUCGAUGCCCUGAGUAAGAGAAGUAAAGAAGCAGAGGCCGCCUUCUUAAACGUGUACAAGAAAAUAAUUGAUGUCCCAGAUCCCGUACCUGUGCUGGAGCUGGCUCAGCAGCUACAGCUGAAGCUUCAAAGGAUGCACGACAUUGAGACGGAGAACACCAAACUCCGAGAGACACUGGAGGACUACAAUAAAGAGUUUGCAGAGGUCAAAAACCAAGAGGUGACCAUCAAGGCCUUGAAAGAGAAGAUCCGCGAGUACGAACAGUCGCUGAAGAAUCAAGCAGAGAACCUGGCACAAGAAACGCAGCUCCAGCUUCACAACGACUAUGCAGAGAAGGAGAGGAAACUCCAAGAGAGCCAAGAUUCCAUGUCGUCACGGUUGGAAGAGGCCGAGCACAAGGCCCAGUCCCUCCAGACAGCACUUGAAACAACUCAGGCCGAGCUCUUUGAUUUGAAGACAAAAUAUGAUGAGGAAUCCUCAGCAAAGGCUGAUGAGAUUGAGAUGGUGAUGACAGACCUUGAAAGAGCCAAUCAGCGAGCUGAAGCGGCGCAAAGAGACGCUGAGUCACUGCGGGAGCAGCUGUCCUUGAGUAACCAAUCCCAGCGAGCCGCCAGCCCGACCAAGGCCGACCCCGACACGGAACAGGCAGUGGAGGCGGCAUCCCACUCAAGUCUAGAGGCGGAGCUCAGGGCCAAAGAAAGGGAGACUGCACAGCUGGUGGAGGACGUCCAGAGACUGCAGGCCAGCCUGACCAAACUCAGAGAGACCACCAGCACCCAGAUCACCCAGCUGGAGCAGCAGCUUAGCAGCAAGACGGCCGUUCUCAAGGAAGUGGAGGAGAAGCUUCAAAAGCAGUCAGACUAUGAGGAGGUGAAGAAGGAAUUGGGUAUUCUGAAGUCAGUGGAGUUUGGAACAUCAGACGCCGUCCAGGAUUCAUCCAAACCUCUGGAGGUGCUGUUGCUGGAGAGGAACCGUAGUCUUCAGUCUGAGAGCGCUGCACUGCGCAUAGCCAACACAGAGCUCAGUGGGUCAGCCGGGCGGAAAGGGACAGAAGAGUCGACACCCAAGGAGGAAACCAGCGACCCCUCUUCUUCGCCCCCUCCUCCCCCUCCUUCUCUCCCUUCCUCCUCGCAGCCUCCUCUGUCUCGCACUCACACGGAUGCCCUCAACACUGCCACCACCACCAGCAGCGGGGAAACGCACCCAUUCACUCCUACGGGCAUUGGACAGGACUUCUACUCUCCAGUCUUCCCGCUGGUGGGCGGUAAGAUGGCAUUGAACUCCUUAAUCCAGCGGCAGCUCCUCCAGACCUUCUACUCCAAAGCAUUGCAAGAGUCGUCUGGAAUCCCCAGUGGGGCUCUACUGUUCACCCCCUUCACUCCGACCCUUAGCUCCAUCCCUCCCUCCACCCCCGGCUCCGGGUCUGCUGCCAUCCCUCUCGCGGCCAGUAGCCCUCAGCCGCCCCCAGCCAGCCCAGACAUGGCUCCCGUUAACGGGAGCAGCACCGCUGGCAGCGCCCCCUCGCCGUCCCCGAGCCACUCUGACGCCACCACAGGGAGCGUUUUGGAUGGGGAGGACAUGGACACAGCAGAGAUUGCCCGGCAGGUGAAAGAGCAGCUGAUCAAGCACAACAUCGGUCAGCGUGUGUUUGGCCACUAUGUACUGGGACUCUCCCAGGGUUCGGUCAGCGAGAUUCUGGCCAGACCAAAGCCGUGGAACAAACUCACCAUCCGGGGGAAGGAGCCCUUCCACAAGAUGAGGCAGUUUCUGGCUGAUGAGCAGAACAUCCUUGCUCUACGCAGCAUCCAGGGACGGCAAAGAGAGGGCUCAGGCCAGCCCCAGCUUAGCCGAGUGUUUCAGGAUGUUCCGAAGCGGAGAACCCACUCCAAUACAGCUUCACACACAGGGAACAUCACUGCUCGUGUCCGCACUCCAGAUGCUGGUUCAGAUGAGGCCAUCAAGUCCAUUCUAGAGCAGGCCAAAAGAGAACUGCAGGUGCAGAAAGCCGAUUUGUCCCAUGUGCAACCCUCGUACGCAGGCCUGAAAGGAGGGGGUGGAAGCGUAGGGGGCGGAGGGGGUAGCGGGUCAGAUGAGGCAAUCCGCUCCAUCCUGGAGCAAGCUCGCCGAGAAAUGGAGGCCCAGCAGGCUGCUUUGGAGCCCAUCCUCAAAGCAUCAUCUUCCUCAUCCUCGCUAGCGUCAUUGUCUCAGAGAGACCUCAUGAGCUCACCGCUUACAGCUCCCCUCCCCCCGUACAAUCCCCUGGCACUGUCCCUCAAGAAGCCCCCCAGCUCUCUUUUGUCCUCCCCGUCUUCCCCGUCACCCGUGCUGGACUUCAGCUCCAGCGUGAAGAGGGAAGGCAGGUCCUCUUCUGGGAUUGACGCAUCAACGGAUGCAGCUCUAAGGCAGGGUCGGAGCUCCGAGGGGUCUGCGGCGCGCUCAGGAAGUGGUGCUGCAGGAGUGGGUUACUGGAGAGAGCAAUGGUGGAGCAGCAUGCACACGGACCACCGAAGGCCUGCAGCAGUAGAGGAGAACCACAACCAGGAAGACUCCAAAGAGGGAAUACUGAGUGACAGUCUGUCUCGGAACAAGCCAUGGAACAAGCUGAACCAGAGGAACCGGGAGCCAUACCUGCGCAUGCAGCCGUGGCUCAAUGGGGACCAGGGGCAAAACGCACACAUCCAACAAGCUCAGAACCAAGAGGGUACACCCAAAACAUCAGCAAGCUGCAGCCCCGCUCCAGAGUCACCUCUCAGUUCCGCUGAAGAGUCUGUCAACGGUCUAGCAGGGGAUCUGCUCACAUCACAGUCGUCCGGUCUCAAGCCCACUUCUGAAGAUCCCUCAUGUGGGGACUCUCAGCCUGGCACACCGCUGCCUCUACCUGGUCACUCGGGUCUAAGCAUUCAGGAGAUGGUUGCAAUGUCUCCCGAACUCGAUACUUAUGCUAUUACCAAGAAGGUGAAGGAGGUGCUGACUGAUAACAACCUCGGCCAGCGUCUGUUUGGGGAGACUAUCCUGGGUCUGACACAGGGUUCUGUCUCAGACCUGCUGGCCAGGCCCAAACCCUGGCACAAGCUCAGCCUGAAGGGCAGGGAGCCCUUUGUUCGCAUGCAGCUAUGGCUCCAGGACCCUCACAGCGUGGAGAAACUCAUGGACAUGAAACGACUGGAGAAGAAAGCCUACAUGAAGAGGAGGCUGAGCUCCUUGAGUGAUGGCCAUUCUGUGGACGGCGGGCUUGUGGGACCGGACUACGUGCAGGGCUCUCAGAGUCCGGGGCAGCAGCAGCUGAAGAAACCCAGGGUGGUGUUGGGACCCGAGGAGAAGGAGGCUCUGAAAAAGGCGUACCAGCAGAAACCCUAUCCCUCCCCUAAGACCAUUGAGGAGCUGGCCUCCCAGCUCAACCUGAAGACCAGUACUGUCAUCAACUGGUUCCAUAAUUAUAGGUCACGCAUCAGACGAGAACUCUUCAUUGAGGAAAUCCAGGCAGCUGGAGGAGUCGGGCCUGGCAGCGAGGGGGGCUCCCCUUCCCUCCGUGGGUCUAAAUCAGGAGAAGGGGACAGCUGUGACGGUACAGAAUCUGAGGGCACAGUGGAGACGCGCCAGGGAUUCGGUGUCGGCCUGGAGGAUCACAGGGGAGUUUGCAAAGACCACGACAUGGAGGCAGAGUCCGAGGCAGGGGGCUCUAAUAAUUCCCCUGCCCAGAUAGACUGCAUUCCCCCGGGGUCUAGCUGUGGAUCAGGUGGAUUGGGGCUCUUCAGCCUCACAGAGGCAUCCCCUUGUAGCUCUGCCUCGAGUACUAAUAUUCCGGCUUCUGGCCCGGCCAGGAAUCCCAGGGACAACAAUUUGCGGAAGAAGAAAGCGGCCAACCUCAAUAACAUCAUCCACAGGCUGGAGAAAGCUGCCAGUAAAGAGGAUCCCUCGGAAUGGGAGUUCUAGCCCCCCCGCCUUGCCCACCUCUUCACCAUCCUUCGUCCCUCUUGUCUCAUAACCUCACAACCUCUAACUUGGACCCCUCUUGCUCUGUUCCAGUCGGAGAGUGGACACAGCCAAAGUCAAGCUCAGCAGCCAUUUUUACUACAGAGAAGCUUUCCAAAAAAAAAAAGGAGGAAAGAAACAAAGUGUUGUUGGCAAAACCCUUAAGAAGAAGAUUUACUGAAUACCUAGAAGAACAAAAUAAGAGAACUUAAGUGUCUCUCCGUUUUUUAAACUGAGUUUUCUUUUUGUACUGAGAAAAGCACUUAGCCGUCCUGCUGGCCUCUGGCCCUGCUGUACCUCCCCCCCCACCCCCCAUCACCAGCCACUGGUGCACCAGACUGGUUCGCCCUGAGCUUGGGGUCUGACCCACAGCCGGGGCUCGAAAACCUGGACUGGGUAAGACAGGCAAAGGCCUGAUGCAGCAGCUGUCCCAGUGAUAGACACUGCUCGAUGAUAGAUAAGAGACAGGAACUCUCUUUACAAGAACUCUCACUUUCUUAAAGGAGAUGUUUUUUUCCGCUCUUCUUCUCACCUCCCAAGUGUCCACAAACCUCCCCUCACUCAGUGAGACGCCUCAUUUUUCACACUGUAGAGUGACUGUUACAAACCUUUGCCUUUUUCACUCACUGCGUGUGUGUGCGUGCGUGUGUGUGUGUGUGUGUGGUUUUUGGUUAUUUUUUGGUAUUUUUAGGGGUUGUGUCAGUGUGCACCCGUGCGUAUUUGUAUACGCACACCACAAACGAUAUGUGUGUUGUCUCGAUGGCAGCGCGUCUGCUUUUUGUAUCUCACUCCUACACUCUUAAGAGGGUAGUGCGAGGCCCUGCCGCCUGAGCUGCCAUGGUUACUGAUGUACGAACUUUUAACCCUGUUAAGUCCCGUAUCCUGUCCUGCUGACAGCCAUGUGAUGGCCAGAAGGAUCACUUAAUUCCCCCACAAAACACACACACUCGUCGUCUGGAAAAGGAAGGAGAGAAGGAACCCUUUUUUUGUUGUCUUUUUAGGUCCUUCUUCAAGGACGAAGGACCAUCUCUCCUUUUAUUCCUUCAUAUUUGCAAUUUGGUUGCCAAUAAGAGAUUGCACAGUCUUCUGACUCUAAAACAAAAUAGGGAAUUUUAGGAAGCAUUUUAAUUAGUACAAAAUAAGCAGAAAAUACAAAUAACAAGUUACUGUUGUUUUGUUUUUUGUUUUUUUUUUUAAAAAAGGCAAAUUAGGAUGGAAUAAUGUUGCAUUGUAGAAAAAUACGAUACAAUGAAUUCACAUAGUACUGUAGCUGGUGAUACUUAACUCUUGUUUUGUAGGUUGUCACAGUUUGACCCAGCACUGGAUCUGUGUGUGUGUGUGUGUGUGUGUGUGUGUGUGUGUGUGUGUGUGUGUGUGUGUGUGUGUUUGUGCGCAUGCACGUGCAUGUGCACACUCACUACCAGCUAAUUUCCUGUUCACAAACACAUCUUUUUAUAGGCCAAAUCAGGAGCAGCGUAUGCGUGUUUGUGCGUCUCAUGUGCAUUUGUAUAUUUGCCUGCAUGUAAGUCAGGGUUGAGGUCAAGUCACUCAGAGUUCAAUUUACAAAAGAAGCAUAACGGAGCUCCUGGUGAUAGGAUGGCUUUUGCAAUGUACAGUAUUUGAUUCUGUUUGUUUUGGGUUUUUUUUGUUUGUUUGUUUGUUUGGAAAGUGAAUUCGCACCAAUCCUGGUGUGAGUAGUUACACUCUCCUCCAGUCUUUCCUGUAUCCAGGGAGUCUUUUUACAUUCAAUUCUACUGUAUACACUACAAAUUUUAAGGCAUAUCACCUCCUCCUACUUACUCCUCCUCGUCCUCCUCCUCGUCCCACACAAGCCCUCAGUGCCUGUCAGCCCACUGCCUCCCCUUUGUGUGUGUGUGUGCGUGCACGUACGUGUGCACUCGUGUGUUUCCAAUGAGUGUGGGGGGGUUUCAUAUUUCUACUUGCACACACUACAAGUGCACAACUGACACCCUUCUUUUUAAGCUGUUUGACGCGUUACCAUUUACAUUAAUCUUCUCACCACGUAGUAUAAUACAAUGAUUUACUGUAGCUCGGUUUUAAUGCUAUUUUUGUUGUUUGUUGUUGCAUUUAUAGUUUUUUUUAUUAUUAUUCUGCUUAUUUAUAGGUGCUGUAAUUUUUUCAUUUAAUGUCUUAUCAUUUGAGUUGUCUAUUUUUUAAGGGAUUAUACUGUUCCUGAGGGCAAGUAACAUUUUUAUUAGACGUUAUAGACUGCCGGCAGUAUUGGUUAAUAUUUACAAAGAUGUACUAGUUCUCAUUUGUUUGUAUAUUCACAAAUCCUAAAAAAAAAAAAAAGUUCUAGUGUCAUUUCAAUAGCUCUUGAAUAAUGCAUUUGCUACACAUCCCGCCCACCCCGAAGCUUUUGGCUUUAUUUUCCAUGACAGUUAUGCUCUCGUAUUGCUAGCUCAAGAAUGGAAGAAAAAAAAACAUAUCAAGGUCAGUGAUGAUUGAAAGCAUAUCUCUUUCCUUAGUGAUAAUUUCUUGUCAUUCUUUGUCAGCUGUGUCUUGGCCGCUUAACGUUCUUCUUUAGAUCAUCCCCUCCCCAAUCACAUGAACUUUAUGAUCAGGUCCGGGUGUAUAUACGCUCAUUGUCACAAGAAAUGACCUAAAAGAUGAGACGGCAUGCUGAAAAAAAAGAGGUCAUAUCUGCCAAAUUGAGAUUAGACGAGUUGUACCAGCUAGCAACGUGUGAUUAUGCAGAAUUCUAUUCUACAGCAGUUCGGUAUAGCAAAGCACUUAUUAGGACAGGGUCUGUACAACACUACAACAGAGUACCAUCCCAGGCUCCUGGGAAAUGGAGGCCUUUUAUUUGUCAGCGUGGUUGUGAACCAAGCACAGACUCCCAACACUAAAACGGAAACAAACGUUGGCUCUUCUCCCCCCCCACCCCCACCCCCACCCAAUAUGAUGAACUGUGUCCUUUUACAGAUGACUUGUGUGACAGAACGGGAACAGGUCCCGUGUAGUUAUAAUUAGUAACCACCUGAUUUGGUUUCUCCGCAGAAUUCUCCUCCUGUACCCUACUUCCUGUUCCCUGGAUAUACAUCCACUCACAGUAUAUGGACAAAAGUAUUGGAACAAAUGAACUGAUCUACAUACAGCGGCACGGUGGUCGAGUGGUUAGCACACAGACCUCACAGCUAGGAGACCAGGGUUCAAUUCCACCCUCGGCUAUCUCUGUGUGGAGUUUGCAUGUUCUCCCCGUACAUGCGUGGGUUUUCUCCGGGUUUCCUCCCACAUUCCAAAAACAUGCUAGGUUAAUUGGCCACUCCAAAUUGUCCAUAGGUAUGAAUGUGAGUGUGAAUGGUUGUUUGUCUAUAUGUGCCCUGUGAUUGGCUGGCCACCAGUCCAGAGUGUACCACAGCCUCUCGCCCGAAGACAGCUGGGAUAGGCUCCAGCACCCCCGCGACCCUCGUGAGGAAAAAGCAGUAGAAAAUGAAUAAUGUACAACAACGCUGAACCUUGUUUAAAUGCUUAAACCUUUUUCCUCUGCAUAUAACGUCAUGGGAAAAAAUGAUUAGACCAGUUUCUUUAGUUUCUUGUUCGUUUUAAUACGGAUAAACAAAUGGACAAAUAUAACAAAAAUAGCUCACAAGAGUUGUAAUUUUUUGGCAGCACAAUGCUAUAGCAAUUCAUGUUAUGCGUAGAUAUCAGCUCUUAAAUUCAACUCCUGUGAGCUAUUUUUAUUAUCAGUGUAUUAUAUGGCCCAAACAAACAUACUUAUAGGUUAUCACAUGGUUUGUCUGGUAUCAUGAGCUUAUUAUCAUGUACUAUUUUAUCAAAAGACCAUUUUGUUUCCAGAAAAUGUUCAGUUUAUUACAUGUACUAUAUAUAAACAGUGUAAACACAAUAAUUGCAAAAAUAUUUCAACAAUAAUAUUUAUUCUUAUCUUAUCAAUGUCUGACAAUUAAAGUUCCAUUAAUCAAGUUUGGGUUUUUUGGUGACUGGAGUAGCACUAGGCACUAAGCACUCAUGUGCUGUUCUCUGAUUGGUUGUUUCACGGGCACGAUACCAGAGCACCGCGCUCUGAGUGGACAGCUACGGGGGCUGAUACUGGACAUGGUUAAACUCUUAUAUUUUAUCAGUAUCACCGCCCUGGGCUUUGACACAGUAUCAUUUCGGCCUUUUCCCGUAUCAUUAAUGGGCGGUUUCUAGGGUACAGGGCCAAUUAAUACUGUAGUAUGUGAUAAUGUAUCAAUAUAUCUGGUCUAAUCAUUUUUUCCCAUGACUGUAUGACCAAUAUCACAAGUCAGUAUUAUUACCCGUUACAAUGUUGGACCAUCUCCUUUUCAGGUCAUUCCAAAUGUGUGAAUUUAUUUCACAUCGUAAAAUAUAAUUACUGCUCCCCAUCUGUAAUGAACUGACUCAAUUAGGAGAGGUGUCCCGUUACCUUUGUCCAUAUAUUGUAUGCUGGCUGCAUUCUAGCCCCCAUCUCCUUUGCAGAGCACUGAAGGCCACGUCCCCUUUUGCUGGCAGUUGACCACCAGUUUUUAUAGCUACUGUAACAUUACGCUAAGCACUUAAACCCCCAUCUUCUUGCCCCCCACUUCCGCCAUUCUAAACCCACAUCAGAUUUGUGCCUUUAACUGCCAAGCAGGGCACCAAACGUGUGAUGUCAAAGUCUGAUCCACGUGAAUUUUUCUUCAAAAGCCCCCCCCCCCCCCUCAACACUUCCUAUACCCACCAUCCCGACCCAUCCCAUUGUCCAGUACUCCCUGGUAAAAGAUCAUGAGUGUGUUCUUAACGACUGACCCAUUUGGGGGGGCGUCCGUGGGUCUCACAGACGGUUGCUUUUCCCUUCGAAGCAUAUCUACGUUGUAAAUAUCAAGUAGCGGCAGAAUGAAGGAGGAAGCACGCAGCAAACACUGUAAUAACACUGAAUUUAUUCAUAGGGCAUUUUUCUUUUGUUUUCCUUCUGUUCUGUGUCAGGUUUGCUGUGAUGUCACUGCAGGUAUUGAGAUGACGUGUGCCAACCGUUUGGAGAAGAGAGAGAGGAAAAAAAAGGCUUAAGUUGUAAAUACGAGUCGGGCAAAGUAGCUACGGAGUCACUUAGUGUCACAGUGUGCUUUUAUUUUGAAGGCAGGACGAGAGAAGGGACGAUUCAGGACUUUUUUCCAUGAUCCACAGAUAUUUUUCUACAAAUUUAAAGAUCAAGAUGAUUCUAUACACUGUUGAAUAACAUUGUAAAGGUGUAACAGAUGCUGUAUAUCAUAUCAUGUUUUUUCUGAAGUCGUAAAGCUUUACUGUAUGAUCUGUUUUUGAAGUAGUGCUUAUUCAUGAUUUUUUUUUUUUUUAAUUUGUUUUUUUUUUUUUUUCAUUGUGAUGGAAGCCUGGACAGCAGCACUGGUCACCCUAUUCAGGAAAAACCUUUAAAAAAAAAAAAAAAGAAGAAAGAAAGAAAAACCUCAGAUGUUUUUUUUGUAAUAAUAAUAAUACUUUUAGACUAUAUCUAAUGAAGUGGAUUUUGUAAAGAAUCACUUUGCAGAGCAGCGGUGCUGUAUGCAUAGCACACAAACUCUGUAGUUCAUAGUUCAUACACACCUAAUACAGCACAAUACACUCAUCUUUUCACAUCCUUCUUUGCUUGCGUGUUCCUUUUUGUUAGGUUUUUUUUUUUUUUGGGUCAUCUUUUGGAAUCAUUUCCUUCCGAGAGUUCCUCUUCUGGAAUGCUCAACAUUUCAGUGGAGAGGGAAAAAAAAAAGAGGAAGCAAAAAGCCAAAUAGUGAUGUAGUCGUUUUGUUGCUACCUUGUUGUCGUCGCCUCCCUCCUGUAGCUUCAACCACAGUGUAGACUGACAACCAAAAUGACCCCGGGGAGGAGAGCGAGAGCGAAAGAGAGCUCCUACUUUCCUCCCCCAUUCCCUCCCCUCCAACUUUGGAAAGCUUUAAAAUGUUUGUUGAGGCUUUAGCACGUUUUUUUUUUAAGACCAUUUGAUCCUGUCAUCAACAAUGCGGAACACUUUCCCUUCUGCUUAGUUGAAGAGUGUGUGAGCGCUGUGUGUUGUCGUUUAAAAAAAAAAAAACAAAAGCGGAUGCAUGACUGUAAAAGGGAUGCUUCAUUCUCUCCCCCCUUUCCCCCCCUUCGCCCUCCUCACAUCUCAGCACUUCUGUCACACACACGAGAUGCUGUUUUUCCUCUGUUUUUUUUUUGUUUUCCUCAUGUAUCAUUGCUUUCUUUAUAUCUUUCUAUUUACUAAACGUAUCAUGUUGUUUGUUCUCAGCACUGUAAAACAGUCCCUUCUACAAACAUUGAAAAGCAAUAUCACUGUAUGAAACCUUCACAAUGUAUUUGUUAUGAUUGACAUUUGAUUCAUCAUCAUUAUUAUUCACAUGCACCCUAGGUGUGAUAAUUGAAGUAAAUCUCUUUUAUACAAAUA